UCCCGAGAUGUCACCCAUUCCAUCCUUUGACUUGGGUAUUCAUCUAACCCCACCUGACAUACAGCAGGAGCCACCCUCCGACAGUAUGUCUAUUGGCCCUUCAUCAGCCAUUAACCCACCCCAUGUUCAUGUUGAGGAAGCUGGUGGGUUACCUGUUCAACAAGAAGGUCGGCCGAAACGCAUAUCAAAGGCACCUCCUUGUGGGACAGGGGGGCACAAACAUGGACACAACGCUGGACCCGAGGCAUCUGACGAAGGACAUGCAAGACCUCCUCCUUAUUAUACGAGAUGGCAUAAGGUCCAAAAAAGAUGAUGAUGCUAUGAAAAGGCCGGAAGCAUUAAAAUUCAAGUUCAGCACAAUAAAAGUAGCAACAAAUAACUUUUCUAAUGCCAAUAAGCUUGGA